AUGACUUCGUUGAGAGCCCCGAAUCACCCUGCGACGUUCUCCUCGCACUUCCAACCCUUAUCUAGUCAAGGACUCAGAACGAAGUUCAGCCCCAAGAAAUUGACCGCCUCACCAUCGGCGUCAACCUCCAAACCUAUCAAACCACCAACAGAGUUACCGAACACUAAGGUGACGCCCCGCACCGCAAGAAACACGGCGCCCAUCCCUGUCACCCCAUUAUCAGGCAAGGGCAAAGAGAAAGCAGAUGAGUAUUCCGACCUCGACGAGGAAGACGAGGCUGAAGACGAUUUGUUGGACGAUACCGAUGAUGAACCAUCUCCGCCCCCUCCCCAAUCAAACACUCACAAUAACCUCCAACUUGACGUCUCCGCCGAAGGCACCUCACGCCUUUGUCUACACGGACCUAAGGACAAACUGGUGCGGUGGCUGACAAGUGAGACCAAGGUUACAUCGAACUUGACACACGAAUCCGGUCAAUCCGCAGUCGGUCCAGUUAUCAAGGACAUUAUAAAUCAAAAAUUUAGGGGCGUAAAUUCCUUACCCGUAACACGUAUUGCUAGCGUGAUCACUUAA